AUGCCAAUGCCUUUUGUAACAAUACCAUUGGGUCCCACAACUGCACAUGUAAUCCUGGAUACACCGGAAAUGGAACAUGGUGCACUGGUAAAAUAAGGCACCUUCUUACUUCUCAGAUAUUUUUAAAAUAAAAUUAAAGGUGGAUUUAAGUCAACUGUAGCUUCUUGAACAGAUUUGGUGUGCCGUUACUAUACAAUGCAAUUUAUAAAACAAACCUGCGAAAGUGCAGUAGCGAUAGUAAGUCAGUCUUUCAGUCAGUCAGUCUGUCUGCCUGUAUGCCUGCCUGUCUGUCUGUCUGUCUGUCUGCCUUUCUCUCAGUCAGUUAGUCGGUCUGUCUGUCCGUAUGCUUGUCCGUCUGUCAGUCCUUCAUUCCGUCCGUCUGUCUGCCUGCCUAUUUGUCAGUCUGUGUGUCUCUCGGUCUAUCAGGUCAGCUCUGGCUCGAUCGAUCUGCUUACUUCCUCAUUGCCUGAAGAUAAGUUCGUUUUCUUUGCCCGUUCUUCCUCUUCCCCGUUCUUUAUCUCUAGGUCUCUGACUGUCCGUAAAAAGGCCAACUCUGUUUGUCGUUGGUUAAAAUUUCUUCUAUUCAUUUUUUUUGAAAGGUCAUAAAUCUUGUGCAAUAAUCUUUCUUAAUACUAAAAGCACAUUUCUAGUGAGUUUAUUACCUCAUUCAUGAAGUAUUGUAUGUUCUUGAAUAUUUCGGAUAUCGAUGAAUGUGCAACCAAUAACUAUUUAUGUCAUUACAACGCGACAUGUAAUAACACCAUUGCUUCUCAUAACUGUACAUGUAAUUCAGGAUACACAGGAAAUGGACAAAAUUGUACUGGUAAAUAUUAGGCGAUUUUUUUUCUUUUUUUGAAAAAUAUUUUUGUAGGUGACAUGUCAGUGGAAAUAGGUAUUUAUAAGAAAGACUUAUGUUAACGUACAUCUUAUUAUCCGAGGAAAUGAGGUUCGUACUGUUGGUUAGCUCUUUAGCCCUAUGAAUCGAGGGUGACCAGGGGAAAGGCAAGUCCGAUAAUGAACAAGACGAGAAAGGAAAAAAGUGGAUGAUAUAUUGAGUUGCUCUGGUUCGACUGGUGGUAAUCCUGAAGAUCAAGGACGUGAACAAAUAAUUCCAAUAUUGGACUAAAAUAUUCUCCAGGGGAAUAUAUAAUUAGUAGUAUACCGUUCAAAGAGACGGUGACGAUUUAAAUGUAUUGCAGUUUGAAUCUUUUGAGCACUUCCAUUAGCUAGAGAAUUAUCAGACUAGUCAUAACUAGCCUCAGUUGGGGGUAAAAUAGAACUGAAUUUUUGGAUUAAGUGAUUAAAAUGACUUAACUGUGCGCCAUAUGCAGAAAAGAAAACAAAUUCUGUGGUCAUUCGUUUGCUCACUGUGCUGAGGUCGCAAAUAAAGACCAAUAACAGCUAAUGUAUUACUCAAUACAAUGUAAAGAUACCAAUGGAUAUUAGACUGAUAUUACAGACUUAGGCACUUUUUCUGAGUUAUGUCAAGAUAACGAGUCUUAAUUGUCAACUAAAUUAUAUUAUGAACUAGUGACAUAGCAAAAUAGGUCAAGUUGAAAGAGCAUGUACAAGUUAAGUUAAAUAAGAGAAAGUUUCUUCAAACAGAAUCGUUCAAUAUUUUCGAAUUUCGGUUGUUCAUACGGGACUGACGCACUAGGUUGAAUUUCAACUUGUCUUAAUAGUUUUACCACCUAUCCAUGUGCAAUUUGCUACUUUACCAAAUCAAAAAUGGUGUCUGCUAACUGAAUUUCCACGCAUCCAUGUAGACACGCCUUUAAGGUACAAAAUACAGACGUUCAUGGUUGCACACCGUGCCUGUCAAAUUGACCAUACCAGCUAGCUAAAAAUUGAACUCGAUUCUGACGAUCAAAUUUUGAAACGCUAUUCGCCCAAAUUUUCUCAGUGCCGUUUAAACGUAGCCAAAGGCUUCGCUCAAGAAUUCAAGUUAGAGCUGACUCAGUGAAAAAAAACUAUGAUCCCUACCUCUUUGUCUGCUUGAUUAGAUAUUUAUUGUCUCGUGUUCAUCAGACUAGGUGCUUCUGUGUUUAUGCUUCCCUUCACCAAAAACCAUUUCUACGGACUCACUGAAUUCCAGAUCUCGAUUUGUGAAUGUAGCGAGCUGCAACUUGGUGAUUAAGUCAUUUGGUUUGCUUAUCCACCACAUUCACCACUCAAAAUUCACCGUGCUGUACCCUUGUACUUGCCAGAAUAUCUGAAGUCUUGCUUAUGGUACAGCACAAACAUGUACUAUGAAUGGUCUGGGUGGAAAGAUGUGUGAUAUUGGUAAUCAUUGUGUGCAUGUAAUCUUAAGCAAAUUCAAAUGUGUUCAUAUUCUUUUCAUUUUCUGUGCAGAUACUGGGGCCCAUACAAUUAAAUUGUUUGAAUCAACCUACUUUUUUGGGGGGGAGGGGAUUUAUGAAUGUAGGACAGCGCUAACAAUAGCAUGAUAAGAAGGCAAACCACAAAUCGUUACACAAUGUGGACGUGAGUCUUCAUGUCUUCUAAACCUCACUUUUUAUUAGAUCUUGGUGACCUGCACCUCUGCUGUUUUUUGGGCUAUGGGAACAUUGUUUCUUGUUCAUUGUAUUUGUUCUAUUGUUUCUCCCAACCAAUGUCCAAACUCCAUUUUCAUUAUUCUCGAAUGCUUCUCCUCAUCAUUAACAAAUAUUUAUUACAGUUAAUGUCCUUUUCACUAGGGUGUAGUGAAAGAAGUUGGGGACAUCGUCGAUAUGAUCGUCCACAUAGAUUUUAAGCGGGUGGUAACCAUAUUCAAUGUCAUCAUAAUAUGCCCUGUCAGAGCUUCUAACCUUGUAGCAGAAGCGCUGACAACAUCUGGAGCUGCCAAGUCUCAGCAAGGCUUCAUAGUUAAUACAAACAAGAAAAGAGAAUCAAGAGCAAAAGGUAAAUGAAUUGAAUGAACGAUUCAAUCGUUGUUCAAUUAUUAGUCUUGAGCAUUGAAAGGUUAAAGACACUGUUUUAAACCCUUUACUUAAUACGCAAGAAGUCUCCCAUUGUCAAGUAAAGUCGUCUGACAUCAGCCAGAGUUACAUCAAUGAACUCACUAUUGGGAAUUAAGGGGUUUGAAGUGUGUCAUACCCUUGUUUGUAUAAUUAUAUACUCUGCACAGGAACUUCGGAAUAUGACAUAAAGUUUUUAAGUGCCAUACUGUAACUGGCUCACUUAGAUACUCACCAGUAACUAUUACUGCUCUGUUUUGAGAUUGAGAGUCGAUUUAAUUUCAAAUACAAAGUUUAUUCGGUAACAAUUAACUAAUUAUAUAAUACCGGUAAGAGUAAGAGAGUAAGGUGGAGAAACCUUAACACCAGACUGAACGACUCCUACGAAGCGGACAAGACUGCUGUACUUAACAAACAACUGGAAGAUUUGCGUUUAGCUGAUGAGAGAGGUCAUUACACAACCACUUGGAAAGGAACAUCAAAACCAACGUCAAAGUGAAACUGAGGAAUGGCGACCCACCCAAGAACGAAGAACAUCUCCUUGAGGAGUGGAAGAAUUACUUCAGUUCACUUUUGAACAAUGACAGUGGAUUCACUCCAUCAGAGCUACCUCUUCCGGCAAGUAAUGAUCUUCCCAUCUGCACUGACCCUCCCACCCGCGAGGAAACGGCUGAAGCAAUUGCUGCUAUGAAAAUCAACAAAGCAGCUGGCCUUGAUUGUGCAAUUACUGCAGAGGCUCUCCAAGGAGGUGGUGACCAGAUGAUUGAUACCAUCCAUGCCUUCUGCUCGGAGGUGUACACCAACAUGUCACCUCCUAAACAGUGGGUAUCAAAUGUCAUCGUCCCACUACCGAAAAAGGGUGAUCUGUCUCAAAUGACAAACUACAGAGGAAUAACUCUAAUGUCGAUUGCUGCCAAGGUUUACAACAAAAUUCUCCUUAACCGAAUUCGACUUCACCUGGACCCUCUGCUACGAAAGAACCAGGCGGGUUUUCGUCCAGGUCGCAGCUGCGCCCAGCAAAUCCAUAUUUUGCGAAGAAUCAUGGAAGGCUUUAGAGAACACCAACUCCCAUUGAUUGCCACCUUUGUGGAUUUCAAGAAGGCCUUUGACUCCAUCAAUAGGUCUGUGAUGUUCUCUGUUCUACGUCAUUAUGGCAUCCCAGAAACCUUGGUCAACGCAAUCCAGGUGCUGUAUACCAACUCUAGCAGUUCAGUGAUGGUUGAUGGAAGUAUCUCCAAGCCAUUUAGUGUUACCACAGGAGUGCUUCAGGGUGAUGUAUUAGCUCCAUUUCUUUUUAUCUUGGUAGACUACCUGCUGCUAAGGUCUACAGAUGGUGACUCUGGUGUGCUGACUUGCCCUCGUAAAUCAAGUAGGUACCCUGCAAAAGUUUUAAAUGGCUUGGACUUUGCAGAUGAUAUCGCCUUGCUUGAGUCCUCCAUCUCCCGUGCUCAGUCCCAGCUAACCAGAACUGCCAAUGCUGCUUCUGACCUUGGACUUGUCAUCAGUGCUCCCAAGACUGAGGAUAUAACGAUCAACUGCUGUCCACAGCCUCCACUAGAAGUAUAUGGUAGUACAAUCAACCAUGUACUAGACUUCAAAUACCUUGGCUCCAUGAUGGCAUCUAGUAGUGGGGAUCUCAAAAGAAGGAAAGGGCUUGCAUGGACAGCUUUUUGGAAGCUGGAACGUCUGUGGAGAUGCCCUAACAUCUCUAUCUCCACCAAGAUCAAGCUAUUUAAUACUACCUGUGUCACCGUCCUUCUAUAUGGCUGUGAGUCGUGGGUCCUGUCGAAAGCAAUGGAAAGCGAGAUCAAUGCCUUUGGUACCUCAUGUUAUAGAAUUAUGCUCAACAUCAAGAGAAUUGAUAGGGUGUCCAAUGCUAAAAUCUAUGAUUUAACUCAGACUGCCCCGCUAGUAGAAAAUGUCAGAACCCGCCAACUGAGGUUUCUAGGCCAUAUACUAAGGAUGCCUGAUGAUGAGCCAUGCAAGGAGUACGCACUGUAUAUUCCCCCACAUGGGAAGAGAAAACCAGGAAGGCAACGAACCCUGUUUCUCAGAUACAUUCAACACCUUUUGGGAGACACAGACAACAUGAUUGGCCCGGGCAAGCUGUCUGAUUUGGCACAGGAUCGUUGUGGCUGGAGGAAGCUCGUAGUCGCCUGCUCUGCAGCCGACCGAUGAUGAUGAUGAUAAUACCGGUAGUAUUAGUCAAUUUUCUUUUGAAAAUAUCCUGCUAGAUAAAGAGGAUUGUCAUUGGUGUAAGACAUACUGCCACCAACAGUAAAAUGAGCUUGUUUUUUAUGGUACUGGUAUUACAGCUGUAGUUACAAUCAUGGAGCACCGAAUUCAUUUUGUUGUAACCUAAAGGAUUCCAACCCUAAAUCUAUGUCAUGAAAGAAUAAGGCAUUGUGCUUUGAAAAGUGAGUUUAUUGUUACAUUAAUUUGUCUUUCAGGCCUUCUCAUGACUGAGGUGGUAGAUGCGUUUGUUGUGGGGCACUGGGCAGUGGCGAGAAAAAUGAUGGACAGACAUGUGUCCAGGUGCACAACAAAUGUGCUUCUAAUGGAAAAUGAGGAAGCUGGGAAACAGCCAAAGGAGGUGUAUGAACAACUUGGAACGUUUUCUAAGGAGGGGGGUCUGAUCCUGGACAUUGGCAGUGGAAAUGGUAAAGAUGGUUUUUGUUUUAUUGUGUGACAACCACAACACCACUGGAAACCCUUUAUUGACUGCCCAUUCUUUGAUUUGGCAUCAGGUACAGGCAAAUGGUUCAGGAAAUGCUUUGAGAUUGUAUUGUUUAAGUAGAGUGGCGAAGNAUACAUUCAACACCUUUUGGGAGACACAGACAACAUGAUUGGCCCGGGCAAGCUGUCUGAUUUGGCACAGGAUCGUUGUGGCUGGAGGAAGCUCGUAGUCGCCUGCUCUGCAGCCGACCGAUGAUGAUGAUGAUAAUACCGGUAGUAUUAGUCAAUUUUCUUUUGAAAAUAUCCUGCUAGAUAAAGAGGAUUGUCAUUGGUGUAAGACAUACUGCCACCAACAGUAAAAUGAGCUUGUUUUUUAUGGUACUGGUAUUACAGCUGUAGUUACAAUCAUGGAGCACCGAAUUCAUUUUGUUGUAACCUAAAGGAUUCCAACCCUAAAUCUAUGUCAUGAAAGAAUAAGGCAUUGUGCUUUGAAAAGUGAGUUUAUUGUUACAUUAAUUUGUCUUUCAGGCCUUCUCAUGACUGAGGUGGUAGAUGCGUUUGUUGUGGGGCACUGGGCAGUGGCGAGAAAAAUGAUGGACAGACAUGUGUCCAGGUGCACAACAAAUGUGCUUCUAAUGGAAAAUGAGGAAGCUGGGAAACAGCCAAAGGAGGUGUAUGAACAACUUGGAACGUUUUCUAAGGAGGGGGGUCUGAUCCUGGACAUUGGCAGUGGAAAUGGUAAAGAUGGUUUUUGUUUUAUUGUGUGACAACCACAACACCACUGGAAACCCUUUAUUGACUGCCCAUUCUUUGAUUUGGCAUCAGGUACAGGCAAAUGGUUCAGGAAAUGCUUUGAGAUUGUAUUGUUUAAGUAGAGUGGCGAAGUAUUGGUUGCAAGCAUGCAGUAUGGAAACCAACAUUAAUCAUGAGUUCUUGCAUGAGUUGGCAUCAACCCUUACAAAAGAUAUUCACAUCAGUGUUUCUCAUUAUCUCAUUUUCAGGAAAUGGAUUACUGGCUGGAUUGAGAAUGAAAAGGCCGUCCUUUUAUAUUGACCAAUGGACGGAGGAGAGUGCCCAGUGGCAACUUGUUGAGGAUAUAAAAGUUCAGUCUCAACGUAAUGAUGACUCCCAGUAG